AUGAUGAGCGGGAGGAGCAGCCGGUACCCCUUCACCGCGUCUCAAUGGCAGGAGCUCGAGCACCAGGCUCUCAUAUUCAAGUACAUGGCCUCCGGCGCCCCCGUCCCUCAUGAUCUCCUCCUUCCCCUCAGGGGGAGUUUCUUCUUGGACUCCGCCCCUCCUCCAGCGCAGCUCUUCCCUCACCAGUCCGGCGGUAACCUCUCUGUCCUUCCUCUUCCUCUUCUUCAUCUUCAUCUUCUUCUUCUUCAUCUUCUUCUUCUUCUUCUUCUUCUUCGUCUGCGUCUUCUUGCUGAGGAUGAAAAUGGAGGGGCCUGUUUUGUGUUUGCGGCAGUGGGAUGGGGAUGCUUCCAGAUGGGGUUGGGGAGGAAGGUGGAGGACCCGGAGCCGGGGAGAUGCCGGAGGACAGACGGGAAGAAGUGGAGGUGCUCCAAGGAGGCGUACCCAGAUUCCAAGUACUGCGAGAGGCACAUGCACAGAGGGAAGAACCGUUCAAGAAAGCCUGUGGAAAUCUCCGUCCCCCCCAUCUCCCCCGCCGCGGCCGCGGCCGCCCCGAACUCCUCGUCCUCUCUGUACCCGAUGCAUCUAUCCGCGGGGGAGGCCCACCACUUCAUGUACCCCUUCGCUGGACCCAGGCACCCGCAUGGCGGCGCUCCUCACUUCCACAUGGACUCUGCUUCACCCGUGGAUAGAGAUUACAGGUCUUCUUCUUCCUCCUCAUCCUCCUCCUCCAAUGCUUCUUUCUUGCUCUCUCCAUUCCCUUACUGAUUGAUUCAGAGCUGAAACAGGUACUGCCAUGGAGUGGUGAAGGGGGGCGACGAUCAUCAUCAGUACGGAUUCCUGUCGGAGACCCCAGGGGGGGAGAGGGGAGGCCCAUGGAGGUUCACUCCUCUGGGGAUGAGCUCCCUGGGGGAUCCGCGGCAGAGGAGCUGCUCCUCCUUGGGCGGCGGCGGCUUCUUCGCCGGACCCGAUCUUCCCAAAGAGGAGGAGAAGCGGCAGCGCUGCUUCCUGCUGGGGGCGGAUCUGAAGGUGGAGAGGGGCGGCAAGGAGGAGGAGAGGGCAGUGGAGCAGCAGCGGCCCCUCCGCCGUUUCUUCGAUGACUGGCCGCCGCCGAAGGAGAAGGACCAGCAGCACGGCUGGGGCGGCGGCUUUCCCAUGACCCAGCUCUCCAUCUCCAUCCCAAUGGCACACCACGACUUCCUUGUCUCCAAUUCCCGCGGCGGUAACUCUCUCCCCCGACACCCCACCCCCCUCUCUCUUCCAUUGCCAGUCUCGUUUCUCUCACUAACGAACCUGUGUCUGACGCAGAUGACUGA